AUGACAGCAAAAGCAAUUGCCCGAUUCGCCAAAAAAGUCGAAAUAGAAAAUGGUAAGAAACGACGAGUCGUGAGACUCAUUCAAAAAGAUGGACAGGCAACUGACUACACUUCGAAGCACAAGUUGAUAAAGGGAAUAAAAAAGGAAUUGAAGGAGGAGCCAGUCGAUUUGAAUUAUGCACUGAGGCAAAUUAAAGAAGACGGAGAUGAUGCGGAAAAGGACAGAUUUGUGAUAACAAUCGGGGAUAUAGAACCGCAAAAACAAAAAUUCAACAUCAACCAUCUCGCGAUUGUUCAAAAGAACGCAUCAGAAUGUGUCGACUCACUCGAAACAAUCCGGCCGCUUUAUGAUAUUCAGCAUAUCGAGCAAAUUUUGGACAAAGAUGCCUAUCAAAAAUAUGUCUACGGCCUCGGGUACUGCCCAACUACAACGGAAAGAGCAAUAACCACAACUGUUCCUCCGAAGUCAAUGAAACAGGCAACGCUGCCGACACUGGACGAGGUGUGGGAUGACUAA